AUGUACGGCACAACCCUCACCACCCUGAAAAUCGUCUCCACAUGGCAAGCGAGUGCACAAUCCCCAAUAGACUCAGUUACCGGUUACCGAUCACAUCCGGCUCGGUCUCCAUUACCGCCUGCGGCAAGCUCUUGUUCGCCGGACCUGCCCAGCGGCCAGGUGGAUGAGAGGAUUGGCGCACACCUCCACAACCCCUACCCCGCACCCCCCACCAUCCAGUACCGACAUACCGGCCAGUACGGACUUGUCCGCCUCGAAAGAGUUAACAGCUGCUUGGACACUGAAAGCCGUGAGCAGCCUUUGCGCCACAGGUUUGACCUGGUGCUGUCCGUCAAAGGCCUGGCUGACGCGGCGCCACCGUUGCUACUGCCGCCGCCGGCACCCGGCACACUUUGCCGCAUCGACGUGCUCCUCGACACGGCUGCCGAUGCAGGUCGACUGCUGUUCGGAAAGAGCGUCGGGGAGAUAGCUGGCAUCGAUGACGCCGCCGCUGCCGCUACCGCAGAUGCCAAAGAUGACGAUGACGAUGACGAACCCGAAUUCGCCGCCAGCCAAGGGCCCUUGCUGUUGUACUUAACAAGCAACACGGGCGCGCAGCGAAGCUCAGGGAGGAUCUUAAGCGCCAGGGACGUCGUGCCCAGCGUCCCGAGGCCGCUGUUGGUAGCGCCGCCGGAGCUGCUGCUGGAGGUCGCGGCGGCCAUUACGGAAGGCGACAUGGCGGAGAUGGCGCUGGCGUUCCGGGCGCUGGGUGUCGAAACGCGUCGCAUCAUGGGCAUCUGGGCUGAGGAGGACAUUGAGGCGGUGGUGGCGGAGCCGCCGCCAGAUGUCGGGUUGGAGGCCCGCGUGACAGCAAUGGUGGCUCUGGAGCUUUGGCCGGGAGUGAUGUUGGUACCUUCGUUUUGA